AUGGGCGGGAAUCACUGCAUGUCUGAAAGCAGCCGCACUUCUCCCUCUGCCUUCUGCCCUGCCAGGCAGAGCAGGGAGCAGGAAGGAAAACACGACGUCGAGGGAUCAUCCACCCUGUUUUACAUGGUGCACUGUGGGAAAGCCUUGUACAACAACCUGCUGUGGAGGAACUGGGCCACGGGGUCCUUGUCCAAAAUGGUCAUUGUUGGGAACAGCUUUAAAGGAAUCGAGGAAAGGUUGUUGUCAAGAAUACUGGAGAGAGAUUAUUCUUACAUAGCCAAGGUCUUGAAAGGGACAGAGGAGGUGGCCUUCCCCACCCACCCACGGUACCUGGACACCUUUAACGACACCUCUGUCCACUGGUUUCCCUUGCAAAAACUGCAGGAACUCUCCCCCCAGGUCUGGGACUGUGUGGAGGAGCCAACAUACCAGGAGUGUGAUGACUUGGAGAUCAUCAGGAAGGAGGAGGGAGGUGGGAGACACAGCCCCACUGCCACCCAGUGCUGA